AUGUUUAAUCACCAAACUCUUUUCGAGACAACUUAAUUUUAUGUUUAAAGAUAAAAUCUGGCUGUUAAUCCUCGUAUAGCAGCUCUUAGAGAGAGACAUGAUAUGAUGAAUAGCAUAAUAAAUGAACUUAAUUAAUCUAGCAAAAACGAUUUGAAAAGACACUUGUUGUUAACAUCUGAUAAAAUAACAAAUAUAUUUACUUAAAUUUAAGCUGAUAAGGAAAAUGUAAAUAGCAUUAAUUUACCGCUUUAAGCUGAUACAAAAGAUAAUAAAAAUGGUAGUAAUUUUAAAAGAAAAAGUGAUGAAUAAUCAUUAGGAUUACCUUCUACUGUCAAUCAAAAUUUUAAUUUUUAAUAGCCUUUGAUAUCAAGUAAUAACUUGAGACAGGCAGUAUUUAAACCUGGAGCAGAUAUGCAAGAUUUAGUUGAUUAAAACAUGAUUCUUGAAUAACUGUGCUAAAAUUAAGAACAUUUUUUAAAGGAAUUAUAUGAAGAAGCAGAAAAUAUUGCAAACAGUAAUCUAAUAUGGAAAAAAGAAAUUAUACAAAUGAAUAAUCACAUAGCAAACAUCGAUAAAACUAUUUCAAACUUGGAAUGUAAUUUUGUAAGCGAAGUAAAAGCAGUUAAAAAUCAGGUUAUGAAUCUCCAUAUAACGAGCGAUCAACUUUAAGAAGAGAUGGAUAUUGAAUUUGAAAACAACUAAAAUCUAAUGGAAUAAAAUUAAAAAUAUUCAUAAGAGCUAAGUUAACUGCUUGAAAUAAAAAAACAACUAGAAAAAGAAAUAGAAGAAACAGAAAUGCACUAAAAAUCACUGAAGGAACAAAAUAAUUAAUUUUCUGAUUUUUUAGCUACAAGCGAAAUAAAAUAAUAAGAGUUAUUUUAACGAAUUGAGCUCACUGUUGCAGAAAAAAAGGACUUAAAUGAUGAAUUAUAAUCAAUAAAAGGUAACAUUAGAGUAUAUUGCAGAAUUAGACCUCUUUUACCUUCUGAAAUAAAUGUUGAAAAAUGUACUAAUAUUAUUUAAGUAACGUCUAGUAAUAAUGUAGCACUUUAAGUUCCUUAACAACACUUAAAAUCAGAAAAUAAUUAGAAAGAUUACAGAUUUUCUUUUGAAUAAAUAUUUGAUGAAAACUCUUCUUAGCAGACAGUGUUUGCUGAAAUGUCUUAAUUAAUACAAUCACUGAUUGAUGGAUUUAAUGUAUGUAUUUUUGCUUAUGGUUAGACAGGCUCUGGAAAGACAUAUACAAUUGAAGGUGGGUAAAGCGAAGAGUCUAAAGGUCUUAUGCAAAGAUCUAUGGAAAUGAUAUUUCAACAAAUAAAAUAUUUACAGUAAUUUGGUUGGACCUAUAAAUUAUUUGUAAGCUUUUAAGAGGUUUACAUGGAGCAGCAUAGAGAUCUCAUUACUAACUUCAAAGUAAGCGAAAAGCAGGAUUAGCUCGUUUUUGUUGAAAUUAAUUCAAUUGAAGAAUUUUAUCCUCUCAUGAAAAGAGCCAGAGAAAAUAGAAAGACUGGCAGCACGAUGUGCAAUGAUCAUUCUUCUAGAAGUCACUCUAUAUUUUAAUUAAAAUUAUAUGGUUCCAACACUAAAGAUGGAAAAACUUGCAAUGGAACACUAAAUUUAGUUGACCUUGCAGGUUCUGAAAGAGUUACACAAUCAAAAGCUGAAGGUUUGCUAUUAGAAGAAACUAAAUUUAUAAAUAGAAGUCUAACUUCUUUGGGAGACGUCAUUAAUUCCUUGGCACAAAAAGAUAAGCACACACCUUUUCGAAAUUCAAAAUUAACAUAUUUACUGCAACCAUAUUUAUCAGGAGAAGGAUCAAAGACAUUAAUGUUUUUAAAUUUAUCCCCAUCUUCUUCUAGCUAUCAUCAAACAUUAUGUAGUCUAAGAUUUGGUGAUAAAGUUUCAAAUAUAAAGCUUAAAAAAAAGUGA